AUGUCUACAUAUAGGAAAGAGGGUAAAGACGUGAUCAUAUUUGCAACACCCGAAGAUCACAAAGAACCAAGUUCGGUUGUUUUACCCGAACCUGAACCUCAACCUGGUUUGAUUUUACCUAAUGGUGAAAUAAAUUGGAACUGCCCAUGUCUAGGGGGAAUGGCCACAGGGCCUUGUGGUGUAGAAUUUAGAGAAGCAUUUUCUUGUUUUCAUAACAGUGAAGCUGAACCUAAGGGAAGCGAUUGUUAUGAUGCUUUUAAAGAAAUGCAUUUAUGUAUGGCAGAAUAUCCACAAUUGUAUAGCAAAUAUGAUGAUGAUGAUGAUGAACUUAAUUUAGAAGCUGAUAAAGUAUUAGCAAAUGAAAGCACUAUGCCUAAAGAAGAACCGAAAAUCACGACUCAAACUAAAAUGGAAACCGACAAAACUGAUAAACGUGUAGAAAAUAAAGAAUUUGUUAGUGUUUUAAGUAGUGAAUUCAAUUUUACAUUACAUUAA